GCCCCGCAACUGCAGCCGGAGCCGGAGCCGCCCUGUUGCCGCGGGACCGGGGCCGCUGGGGUCCGGACAGGGGUAGCCAUGGAGCAUCUCAGGCAGAACUGGGCCCAAAGCCAGCCUUCCUAGCUAGAUCCGAUUCAUUCUCAUCCAGAACCGGGCAGGCAAGACGCGCCUGGCCAAGUGGUACAUGCAGUUUGAUGAUGACGAGAAGCAGAAGCUGAUCGAGGAAGUGCACGCCGUGGUCACUGUCCGAGAUGCCAAGCACACCAACUUUGUGGAGUUCCGGAACUUUAAGAUCAUUUACCGACGCUACGCUGGCCUGUACUUCUGCAUCUGCGUGGACGUCAAUGACAACAACCUGGCCUAUCUGGAGGCCAUCCACAACUUUGUGGAGGUCUUGAACGAGUAUUUCCACAACGUCUGUGAACUGGACCUGGUGUUCAACUUCUACAAGGUUUACACGGUCGUGGACGAGAUGUUCCUGGCCGGCGAAAUCCGCGAGACCAGCCAGACGAAGGUACUGAAGCAGCUGCUGAUGCUGCAGUCCCUGGAGUGAAGGCCGCCCGCUCGCCGACCCUCCCUCAGCCGCCCUGGAGGAAGGGACCCAGCUGGGUCUGGGCCACAAGGGAGGAGACUGCCCCCGACUGCCUCUGGGCUGUCAGUGUCCAGAGUCACCACGCUGUUGUCGUGUGAUGCUGUGAGUGUGUGUGGAGCCCCCAAUAAACCCGCGGUCCUGCCUGG